CAGUGAUCCCGUCACUCGUUCUGACCCGGCAUUCUGGUUUCAGAGCCCAAUCUGAGCUUUCAACCAGAACCCAGUCCUCUGGUUGCUGAUCCCAGAUCUGGGACAGAACCGGGUCAGAACUGGGUCAGACUUCAGGCUGGGGUCCCACUGGGCUCCUUAACUGGACCUCCAGGCAGCAGGCCAGAUUCUGAGAUGUUCUGCUGCUGAUUUCUGGAGCAGGAAUUUUGUAGAAACGGAGCAUCUCUCCCUCAGACGCUGAUGUGCAUCCCUCCGGAGGGCGAAGCCGGAACCGAGGUGCCGGUGAAGGUUCUGAACUGUGACACAGUGACCCAGGUCAAAGACAAGCUGCUGGACGCCGUCUACAAAGGAAUCCCGUUCUCCCAGCGGCCGCAGGCUGACGACAUGGACCUCGAGUGGCGGCAGGGCCGACUGACCCGGAUUAUCCUACAGGAUGAAGACGUGACGACCAAGAUAGAGAGCGACUGGAAAAGGCUGAACACGUUGGCUCACUACCAGGUAACAGAUGGUUCCCUGGUGGCGCUGGUCCAGAAGCAGGUUUCUGCCUACAACAUCGCCAACUCCUUCACCUUCACCAGAUCCCUCAGCAGAUACGAGUCCUUACUGCGGACGUCCAGCAGUCCCGACAGCCUGAGAUCCAGAGCUCCAAUGAUCACCCCAGACCAGGAGACAGGAACUAAACUUUGGCACCUGGUGAAGAACCAUGAGCACAGCGACCAGAGAGAAGGAGACCGGGGCAGCAAGAUGGUCUCUGAGAUCUACCUGACCAGACUGCUGGCCACCAAGGUAACGCCUUAAAACAGACUGCUGGCCACCAAGAGUUCUUGGCUCUUUUGCA